GCCUGGGUGUGAUUUGAACCGAAGGUGAAACACAGAAACUGAGAGAAAGCGGCUACCAUCCUACCUCCCCACCGGCAAGAUGGCCUCUUUUGGCGUGUCCGCUCUCGACGCGAACGCCGCUGGUGCCGCCGCCGCCCCCGCCAGCGCGCUGACGGUGGGAGAUCAGGUUGCAUUCGGGAAGCCAGCAGCGUCUUCAACCGCGCUGACGGCCGUGGGGAUAGUCGGCAACAUCACAGCCGUUCUUGUUCUUGCCAUCCCCUACUUCAUUUUCGUCAAGCCUGUGAGGAAGGCCAAGUCCGUGGGAGCAUGGAAACCCUACGGCUUCGUCAUGAUGCUCACGAACUGCAUGUUCUGGAUAUUGUUCGCCCUCCCAGCCUUCAAGCACUCGCUACUCGUCCUCGGUGUGAACGCCGCAGGGGUCGUCAUACAGGGGGUCUACAUCGCCGUGUACCUCUGGUAUGCCCCCGCCCCCUCACGCAGGACUACUGUCAAGCUCCUCCUCGGCGUACUUGCCAUUUGUACAGUGCUUGCCGUGCUGGUGAUAUGGUUCGUCAUGGUGAAGAAGGUGUGGAGCAUUAGAUUCAUGGGUGUGAUUGCCUCCUCCUUCACCACCCUGAUGUUCGUGGUCGGACUCGUCGCGGAUAUGAUGGAGCUGGAGGAGGGGAGGGCUGGUCAGAUCGUGUUCCAGCUGGUCGUGAACAUGAUGAACGCUGCAAUCUGGACUUCAUUCGGGUUCCUCUCUGCACCCGCCAACGCGUUCGUCGUUGUCCCGAAUGUGCUUGGGGUGGCAUGCACGGCUGUUGACAUGGCCGCGCGCCUCAUCUACAGCAAGCUGACGACGAGCCCUGCUGCCAGAGCUGCAUAGGCCUCGCGCCGUCCAUCUGACAUGUGUGUUUGCUCCGUUUUUGUUCCGAUUGUUCACAUCUGAAUCUUCACCUGAAUGGAUCAAUGUAAUGAUAAGGCAGUACUGUAUGUUGCACUCAAGAACCAAGACAAUGGUUUAAAUUUGUUGGCUUGCCUUUCCAAUAUAUGGAGACUCCUAU